CUCUCCCGGCUGGGGAAUGGGCCUUUUCCUCUCUUCAAGCCUGGGCGCAUCAUUUCCCAACUGCCAGAAUCGCGCGCCGAGGUCGAAAUUGUCCCACGACAGGGAACUCAACUUGAACAUGGGUGGUAGUUCGAGUUCUGCCACCCAUGUCGAGCGAUCCUCCAGGAAAGAGGCGGCGGGAAUCGACCUCUUCCCCAUCUCGCCGAGGGCCCGCCGCUCCUGUCCGGCCUGCUGCCCCCGCUGAGCCUGCAGAACCCGGUCGCCGAUCCAAAAGGGUCGCUCUCGCUGCGAUUCGCCCCACUUCCCGCGACGACUUCGAGAUUGCCAUCAUUUGUGCCCUUACACAAGAAGCUGACGCCGUCAAAGCCUUGUUCGAUGAGAGGUGGGACGGCCAUGGUCAGGAUGGGUAUGGCAAGGUCGCUGGCGACCCCUACUCCUACGCCUGCGGCCGCAUCGGUCGCCAUAAUGUUGUGGUGCCACAUAUGACGGGCAUGGGGAAGGCUAACGCGGCAAACGUGGCAACCAAUUGCGGGCGGAGCUUCCCCGGAGUCAAGAUCGCUCUUGUUGUGGGAGUUUGUGCUGGCGUCCCUUCAGUGUCUGGUGGGCCGGGGCAGAAGAAAGAUGUUAUCCUCGGCGACGUCAUCAUCAGCCAAGGGGUCGUCCAGUACGAUUUCGGGCGCCAGACCGAUGCGGGAUUCUACACCAAGGUCACCCCUUUGGAAUCUUUGGGCAAGCCUAUCACGGAGAUAAGCUCCCUUGUGGCGAUGCUGAAAAGCAGGGACGACCGCAAAAGAUUGCUGCAGGACAUGUCAGAGUAUCUGGAUGUGCUCCAAGGCGAAGAGGAUCUUGAACCCGGCUACCCGGGUGUCGAGCAGGACUGGCUCUUCGAGCCGUCUUACCGCCAUACUAAACCUACCAAGAAGUGCGAGGAUAUCUGUGACCGCACCAAGCUGGUGCGCCGCGACCGCCUCCAAGGCCCCAACCCGCCAACGCCUGAAGUUCACUUUGGCUUGAUCGCCUCGGGAGACAAAGUGAUGAAAUCCGCCAGGCAGCGGGACAAGAUUAUCAGGGACCACAACGUCGUGGCUUUCGAGAUGGAGAGCGCAGGGGUAUGGGACGUCAUCCCUUGCGUGGUCAUCAAGGGCGUCUGUGAUUACGCCGACAGCCACAAAGCCAAGAGUUGGCAAAAAAGAGCUGCGGCUGCGGCGGCUGCCUGUAUGAAGGCGUUUCUUAUCAGGCUGGAGCCUUUCAAGAUACGUGAGGCAGACGGGGGCGGAUCGUCAACCUUUGCGCAGCCGCGUGCGACCGAGGCAGGCGCCUCUGGCAAUGCUCGAGAUAGCUACACUUCUAGAACGAACGUGCAGAAUCCCUGUCCUGUCGAUUCACGAGAGCUCCAAGCUUGUCUACAAUCCCUCAGCUUCCCGCAGAUGACGAAUCGCUUCCACGACAUCCAGCCGGCCGAGGAUAACACAUGUCUUUGGCUGCUUCGGCACAGAAAAUAUCGGGCCUGGGCGGAUCUUGAACACUCCAUCCUGUGGAUCAUGGGCAAGCCUGGUGCCGGAAAGUCAACGCUGAUGAAAUACGCCCUCGACAACCACCCCCAGCUUCCUGGCGUCGCCAAGGAUGAUAUAGUCUUCAGCUUCUUCUUCCACGCCCGUGGCCACGACCUGCAAAAAUCGCCGCUCGGGUUUUGGUUGUCCCUGCUGCAUCGAUUCCUUGAACUUGCCCCCGCACCUCUAGCUCAUGUGGUUCAGACCUACCUGCGGAAACAGGCAACCCAUGGGAAGCAUAAGGAAGGAAAAUGGCAAUGGCAUCAAAGCGAGCUGCAUUCCAUGUUCAAAUCGGUGCUGCCGGACAUCUUGCGGGCCCGCCGCGUCCUGAUCUUCGUGGACGCGCUGGACGAGUGCGGCAAGGACAACGCCCUAGCCCUGGUCAGCCAGUUCAAUUCCCUACUCCGUGGACUCCCCACCGACGCAGGCUUCCGGCGGUUCCACAUCUGCUUUUCCUGUCGCUACUACCCGAUCGUGAACCCGUGCGGCCGCCAUGGAAACCAGCUUGAGAUCAACCUCGAAGAAGAAAACAAAAGCGAUAUCCGGGUUUACGUCCACAGCAUAAUGUCUGAUCGUCAAGAACAGACCCAGCAGCCCACGGUCCAAGAGCUAAUAGCGAGCCGCGCCAACGGAGUGUUCAUGUGGGCACGCCUCGCCGUCGAAAAGGUUCAGGAGCUAGCUAGCGAGGGCCAUUCGGAGACCAAGAUCAGGAACUCGAUCAACCUUCUUCCCAGGGAGCUGGAGGAGGUUUACCGCCAGCUCGCCAAGGACAUGGAGCCGUCCUCCAUCAAACUGAUCCAGUGGAUCUGUUUUGCUGUGAAGCCAAUCACGCUGGAUGAACUGCGGUGGGCCAUCAUCAUCGAGCCCAACGAUCAGCGCCGGUCUUUGCGAGAGUGCCAGGAAAGCGAAGAUUACAUCGACAGUGCCGACAGGAUGAAGCUGCAGCUACGAAAGCUCAGCCGCGGCCUCGCCGAGGUCUCACAACCCGACCCCAGCAAGCCAGGCGUUGUCCAGUUCAUCCAUCAGUCCGUCAAGGACUUUUUCACUGCCAGGAAUCCACCAGCUUUCGACAAGAUCUCAACUACCAAUGGAUCGAUUCAAGAAACACACCGCCAACUAGCUAUGAUAUGCAUACGCUACUUGGAAAUGGAGGAAAUCGAACCGUCAAUAACCAACAAGCUCUGGGACUUUCCUUUCCUGUAUUACGCCACGACCUCGUGGGUGGCGCACGCAAAACAAAGCCUUUCUGAAGUUUUUGCCUGGCCGUCAAACGCUUGCAUUACUAUGUGGUUGCGCAUACACUACAAACCCAAAUUUUAUUCGUUCGACUGUUUGGGGUUGGGGGCCAAUUUGGUACACCUUUUAUCAAAACAUGGAUUGGCGAAAGCACUCGAGGUUGUUUUGCCAAACUCGAAUCACACUAUCGACACUCCAGAUGUCGAUGGCCGGACGCCGCUAUCAUAUGCCGCAAAAGAAGGACACGAGGCCGUAGUUAAACUACUGCUCGCCACAAGCAUUGUCAAGAUCGAUUCGAUGGACCAAAACGGGCAAACGCCGCUAUCAUAUGCUGCAAGCGGCGGGCACGAAGCCGUAGUUAAACUACUGCUCGCCACAGGCAUCGUCAACGUCGAUUCGAUGAGCCAGGGCGGGUGGACGCCACUAUCGUAUGCUGCAUGCGCCGGGCACGAGGCCGUUGUUAAACUGCUGCUUUCCACAGGCAGCGUAAACGUUAAUUCGGGAACCAGUUACGGUCGGACGCCGCUAUUAUAUGCCGCGAAGAAAGGACACGAGGGCGUUGUUAAACUGCUGCUCGCCACAGGCAGCGUUGACGUUGAUUCGGGAGACAGGCACGGUCGGACGCCGCUAUCAUAUGCCGCAGAAGAAGGACACGAGGCCGUUGUUAAGCUGUUGCUUGCCACAGGCAGCGUUGACGCUGAUUCGGGAGACAGGGACGGUCGGACGCCGCUAAAGUAUGCCGCGGAUGACGGGCACCAUGCGAUCGUGAAUCUACUUCGACUUGCUUCCCUCGGCUAAGCACCUUGAGGUGAAGGAUCCGUAGCGCUGCAGGUGGAAAGUGAACUGAACGAGGGAGAGGCGGCUAACUCGGAGCCGAGGACGGGUAUAAAGGUAGAACCUGACUCCGAAUGUCAUGGGUUUGGGCAAGUGCAACCGGGGGGCUCUGGAUUGCAAGGUAGAUACAAUUAGAAAUAUAUCCAAGGUCGAGUUUUGAUCCUGUUUUUCAGUCAAUAA